AUGUCUGGUGUUGCAGUAGGAAGCAAAUCUGUGAUGCCCGAUGUUGCAGUAGGAAGCAACUCUGUAAUGUCUGGUGUUGAAAUAGGAAGCGAAUCUGUGAUGUCGGGUGUUGCAGUAGGAAGCAAAUCUGUGAUGCCCGGUGUUGUAGUAGGAAGCAACUUUGUAAUGUCUGGAGUUGCAGUAGGAAGCGAAUCUGUGAUGUCUGGUGUUGCAGUAGGAAGAAAAUCUAAGGCGCUUGGUAUUGCAGUCAGAAGAAGCAAAUCUGUGAUGUCUGGUGUUGCAGUAGGAAGCAAAUCUGUGAUGCCCGAUGUUGCAGUAGGAAGCAACUCUGUAAUGUCUGGUGUUGCAAUAGGAAGCGAAUCUGUGAUGUCGGGUGUUGUAGUAGGAAGCAAAUCUGUGAUGCCCGGUGUUGCAGUAGGAAGCAAAUCUGUGAUGCCCGGUGUUGCAGUAGGAAGCAACUCUGUAAUGUCUGGAGUUGCAGUAGGAAGCGAAUCUGUGAUGUCUGGUGUUGCAGUAGGAAGAAAAUCUAAGGCGCUUGGUGUUGCAGUCAGAAGAAGCAAAUCUGUGAUGUCUGGUGUUGCAGUAGGAAGCAAAUCUGUGAUGCCCGAUGUUGCAGUAGGAAGCAACUCUGUAAUGUCUGGUGUUGCAAUAGGAAGCGAAUCUGUGAUGUCGGGUGUUGCAGUAGGAAGCAAAUCUGUGAUGCCCGGUGUUGCAAUAGGAAGCAACUCUGUAAUGUCUAGUGUUGCGGUAGGAAGAAAAUCUGUGAUGCUUGGUGCUGCAGUCAGAAGAAGCAAAUUUGUGAUGUCUGGUGUUGCAGUAGGAAGCAAAUCUGUGAAGCAGGAUGGUAAAGUUGUUAGCAAAUCUGUGUUGGUAAGUGCAACAAAUGAUUUCAAAGACAUGGAGCGUUCUCCAACUUCUUAUAAAUCCGUUUACAAAGGUUGGGUUGAUGAAAAGUCAUAUGCACCAACAGAAUGUGGUGUUGGCUUGGCAAUAUAUGUUAGGAAGGAGGAGAUUCUAACCUGGAAGUUGGACUUGAAACUAUUAGAAUUCAGUCAUCCCAAUAUUACCAGACUUUUGGGAUAUUGCUUGUCUAAUGUAACGAUGUUUUGGGUAUACGAGCUCUUUCCAGGGAUAUGCUUAGAUGAUCUUUUAUUCAAAGAUACAACUAUACUUUCUUGGGCUGCACGAUUGAAAAUAGCACAAGGGGCAGCUCAAGGCAUGUCUUUCUUCCAUCGGAGGAAUCGUCCAGCGUAUAAUAGUUUUGAUGGCAAUCAUGUAUUGGUGGACAGGGAUUUUAAUGCUCGGCUUUCGGAUUAUGAAAUAGACAAUUUACUUGCCCCACCUGGCUGCUCUACUUUUGAAAGAAACAAAUCGGAUGGUAUUUUUGGACCUGUGCCCGGAGAUGAAACCGGAGUGCAGAGUGAGAUCUAUGAUUUUGGAGUGGUACUGCUGAAAAUGCUAACAGGGAUGAAGAAGUAUGACGAAAGGAUACCUCUCCAACAGAAAAAUUUGAUGGAAUGGGCUACUCCAUUACUAGCGAAUAAGGUAAAUUUGUGGAAUGAUUAUGGACCCUCAACUUCAACAUAAUGAUCAUCCUCCAAAGGGUGCAUUUGCGUUGGCUCAACUUGUUACAAAGUGUCUUCAACCAACUCGAGACAAAAUCUUUCAAUUGAAGAAAUCUCCCAAGUCUUGUAUCAGUGUUAUCAAAAUGAAAUCACAUCGGGUUGACUCUGAAAUAUCAAAUACAAUUGUUCUUAUGUAAAUAAAAAAAAUACAAUUAUUCUUAUGUAAAUAAAUAUAAGAAAGUAAAGUGUACGAUGCUGC